CUUAUGGAAAAAACUGACAGAGAGUAUUACACCCUGGAUGACAUGUUUGUUUCCAAAGCAGCAAAAGGAGAGCGUAGUGGGGAAGAGGAAGAAAGGCAAAGAAGAAAAGCAAUUCACGAGCACCAGCGGCUUGCUGCAGCCAUGGAAAAGUGCCCGUAUUGUUUUGAUAGCAAUGAGCUUUCUAAACAUCUUAUUAUUGCGCUUGGCACCAAGGUUUACUUGUCUCUACCAAGUGGUCAAUCCCUCACUGAAGGCCACUGCCUGAUAGCCCCUUUACAGCACCAUACUGCAGCCACUCUUCUGGAUGAAGACAUCUGGGAAGAAAUCCAG